GAUGCACGGCUCGCCGCCCGGCCGCCGCCGCAUAUUUUUGCAAGGCGCUCCUCCAAGUAAUAAUCCACAGAGCGGGGCAGGGAGUUUUAUCCAUGCUGCUCCGGCUGAAGAUCGUCGGCGUCCACUCGGUGGUGCCAGCGCCGGGGCCGGGCGGCCACGAUAACGGUGGCGCCUGCGCGGCGGCGCCUCGGCGGCGCAGCCGGAGCCCGGCGGCCGGCGUGGCGAGGCGGCGGAGGAGCCUCACGGUGGCGAUGGCGCUGAGGGAGGAGCCCGAGAGCAGCCGCAGCGGCUUCGCCGGCGGCGGCCCGAGCUGGGACCCCGGGCUGGAGAUCCAGGUCCCCUUCGAGCAACGUCCGGUGAACGAGUACUCUGCUCUCAAGGAUAGCGUCCUGUACUCGUGGGCGGAGCUGAGCCCAGGGUCCUUCUUCCUGCGCCUAGGCGGCCUGUGGAUGGUCACCUUCACUGUGCUCGCGGCCCCGAUUGCUGCCGCGAGCUUCAAUCCCGGGAAGGACCCACUCAAGUUUGUGCUGGCAGCUGGGAUUGGAACUCUGCUCUUGGUGUCAUUGGUGGUUCUCAGGAUUUAUCUGGGAUGGAGCUAUGUUGGUGAUAGGCUGUUGUCGGCAGUUGUGCCGUAUGAAGAAACUGGAUGGUACGACGGCCAAAUGUGGGUAAAGCCACCAGAGGUGUUGGCUCGGGACAGGCUCUUGGGAUCUUACAAGGUGAAGCCGGUGAUCAACCUGCUGAAGCAGACGCUGGUGGGCACCGGCGCGUUGCUGGUCGGGGCGGUGUCGCUCUUCGCGUUCGCGGCGCCCGUCGAGGACUUCCUCCACUCCCUGAACCAGCCUCCCUCCGCGGCGCCGUCCAAGCCGAGCUUGAGGAGGGAGGAGCUGCUGCGGCUGCCCGUGGAGGUGAUGCAGGACGACGACCUCGCCGCGGCCGCGGCGGAGGCGGCCGACGGGCGGCCGGUCUACUGCCGGGACCGCUACUACCGGGCGCUCGCCGGCGGGCAGUACUGCAAGUGGGACGACCUGCUGAACUGAUAACCACGCUAGCACUCUAGCACAGCACCCUUGGGAUAUAUCCUCAGUUUGCCACUUUGAUAUGCUUGAAGAAGACAAUGUAUCUCGUGAGGAUGAAAAUUUUGUGACGAACUUGCUGGAUGUGUAAUAGAUAGCUCGAUCUGCCAGACAGUUGAAUUACGUACCGUCAACAUUGGAUUUCUGCUGU